AUGGCCCUCGGUGCCGGAGCUGUAUACAUCGUUGCAGAGGCCGCCGCUGGCGAAGUUGUUGAAGCCAGAACCAAUGGUGUUGGAGCUGUCAGUGCCGAGGACAUCAGCGCUGUUACCUCUGGGACUGGCGUAGCUGCCGCCGGUGCCACAGGGGUUGCGAUGGUGGCAACAGAGAGCAAUGGAGCCACCCCCGAUCCUGCCAAUGCCGACAAUGCCGGAAGCGGUACGAAAGUGGCCGAGGCUACCGCUGCCACCCUGGAAUGCAACCCGUGGUUCCGCCACCAGGGCAGGAUGUUCACCAGAGUCACCACCCAGCGCCUGCUGCUCCUGCUCUCGUCCAUGCUCCUGCUCCUCUGGCUGGGCUGCUGGCAUGGCGCCGUGCCACCUCCUCCCAGCAGGACCCACAUACUCCUCCUCUCCAGCUGGCGCUCGGGCUCCACCUUCGCCGGCCAACUCUUCAGCCAGCACCCCGACGUCUUCUACCUGAUGGAGCCAGCCAAGCAUGUCUGGUACCACCUGCCUGGAGGCAGCCCGGAGCUGCUGCAGGGGCCCGCUCGGAACCUGCUCCACGCCCUCUUCCGGUGUGAGAUGGCCGCGCUGCAGGACUUUGUGCAUCAGCCCCACUGGGAGUCCCAGAUCUUCAUGUGGCCCAUGAGUCGGGCCCUCUGCUCCCCGCCCGCCUGCGAGGCCUUCCAGCACGGGGACAUCGUGAGGCCGUUGGAGUGCCAGGCCUACUGCGACCCCAGCCCCUUCGGGAAGGCGGCAGAGGCCUGCAUCACCUACAGCCAUGUGGCGCUGAAGGUCGUCAGGUUCUUCCAGCUGGAGGCGCUUUACCCGCUCUUGGCCGACCCGGCCCUCGACCUCUGCAUCAUCCACCUGGUGCGGGACCCCCGGGCCGUCUAUGCCUCCCGCCAGCAUAUCUUGCUCUACCUGGACGACCUGCUCAUCAGUCGGGCCCACAAUGCCACGCCCAACGCCCGCCUGGUCAUGCGCAAAGUCUGCCACAGCCAAGCCGGCAUGUACCUGGCCGCCUUGCGCCACCCACCUCCUGCCCUGCGUGGACGCUACCUCCUGACACGCUACGAAGACCUGGUCCGGGAUCCAGUGGGUCAGGUGGCCGAGUGGUACCACUAUACCGGCUUGGCCUCCUCCCCCCAGCUCGAGGCCUGGGUGCACAACAUCACCCACUGGUCUGGGCCUCAGGACCCCGAGGUCCUCCCAGUGCGGAGGGAUGCCAGCAAGGUCUCACAGGCCUGGAGGCACCAGCUUAGCUUCCACCAGGUGCAGGAAGUGCAGGAGAUCUGCAAGCCGGCCAUGGAGGUCUUUGGGUACCGGCCGGUCAGCUCGGAGGAGGAGCAGAGGGACCUCACGAAGGACCUGGUGCUUCCGAGAGAAGAGAUCGAGGAUCAGACAAAGGGCUUGAGUGUCUUCUCUGAUCUGCACUGA